UUCCAUCGUUUGCGCUCCUCCUUAAAGCCUGCGCGCAUUUAGUUAGUCAUUCACGAAGACAUUAUUUUCCCUUUUCGCUCCGCUGCUCUUGAAACCAGUGCGAAAUCAUAUAACACUUAAGGCGAGAAAAAAAAUCAUUUCCAUCUCAUGGCAUCUGAAAAAUAUUUCGAAACAGAUACUGGAAGGAAGUCAAGAAUGAAGUUACAUUUGUUAUGUUAUGCAACUGCAAUUGGUCUCUCUUGAACAAGCACAAGCUUCCCAGAAAGAAACAAGUUAAAGUUCCAGUUGCGUGUCCACACUCGACACUUACAGCCCUUGGUAAGCCCACCCACUUCCUAGCUAAUCGCACCUCUUCAAUUAUGCACGUUUAAUGCUGGAAUAAAAAUACGCUGAAGUUAUGGGAAGCAUGACUGGGAAAACAAAACUAUUACACAGAUGUGCAACGCUGAAAGUAUUCAGGACUGCCUGAACGUAUUUAUGACUGACUGACUCUACUGUAAAGGAGAUUUGAGGAGAAAUGUCUAGACACACUUGGAUCCAGGCCACUUUUAACAAGAGAGAAUGUGUCAAAUUUCUGCCAGCCUCACGUGAUCAUCACAGGUGUUAUCCAGUGUGUCAAGUGUGCCAAAGCUUAGUAAGAUGUUGUUGUGGGAGGCUUAUCGCGGAGCAUGUGGGUCCAUACUCUGGCUUGCUGGGACAUGGCCCUGGGCCUGACUCUGCUGAUGAGGAGGAGUGGUCAGUGCUGCGGCACACCAGCAUCAGCCCCACCGAUGCUUUCGGGUCGCUGGACUUCCAGGGCAGCACAAAGCGCACAUGUCGUGCCAAGUAUGUGCGUCUGUCCUGUGACACUCCACCAGAGCUGCUGGUGCAGCUGAUGCUGAGAGAAUGGCACAUGGAGAUGCCCAAGCUGGUGAUUUCCGUGCAUGGAGGGACCGAUAGCUUCCCUCUGUCACCGCGGGUGUGUCAGGCCUUCAGCACUGGGCUCAUCACAGCUACAGAGAGCACUGGAGCAUGGAUACUGACUGAUGGGAUCAAUGCAGGUGUGUCUAAGUAUGUUGGUGACGCUGUAAAAAUAUAUGGGUCACAUGACCACAGGAAGAGGAAUGUUGUAGGGAUCACACCCUGGGGGAUUAUUGAGAAUAACAGUGACCUCAUAGGCCGGGAUGUUCUGAGGCACUACCAGGCUCUGGGUAAUCCUCUGAGUAAACGUGCCAGUCUGAAUGGCAUGCAUUCGCACUUCCUGUUAGUUGAUGAUGGGACUAUGGGUAAAUCAGGUUGUCAAAUAGACCUGAGGAAGAGACUGGAAAGGCAUAUACACUUUCAGAAGAUCCACCCUAGGCUGCCUCAGCAUGUGCCUUUAGUGUGUGUUAUAGUCGAGGGGGGUCCUGCCAUCCUCUCUGUGGUGCUGGAGUAUGUGCACAGAAGUUCUCCUGUGCCUGUGCUGGUGUUUGAGGGAACAGGCAGAGCUGCAGACCUGCUGGCUUUAAUACACAAACAAACAGCUAUAGACAGAAAAUUAGAUUCCGAUAUUAAAGAGGAUGUCCUGCUGAGGAUUCAGGAUAUGUUUGGUGUGGAGAGACCAGAGUCCACCGAACUCUUCAACAUACUUAUGGAAUGCAUGGAACAUAGAGAGCUUAUCACCAUUUUUGACUCAGAAUCUGAGGACCUUCAAGAGGCAGAUGUUGCAAUCCUGUCUACAUCACUGAGAGGUACCAGAGCUUCCCCUGAGGAGCAGCUGAGUAUCACACUGGCCUGGGACAGGGCUGAUAUCGCAAAGGACCACAUUCUGGUGUACGGACAACAGUGGCAGGUGGGAUCUCUGGAGCAGACCAUGUUGGAUGCACUUGUAAUGGAUCGUGUCAGUUUUGUGAAGCUGUUGAUUGAAAACGGCAUGACCAUGAACCACUUCCUGACCAUCUCUCGUCUGGAACAGCUCUACAACAUACAUAAAGGCUCAUCAGAUCAUUUCCUUCGACACAUCAUUGAGGAUGCCAAACAGACUCGUCUGCCUGCUGUUUAUAAGAUAUCUUUAAUUGACAUCGGAAUGGUGAUUGAAUACUUGAUUGGUGGAGCUUAUCGAAGCACAUAUACACGCAAGAGCUUCAGAGUCAUGUAUAGUCGCUUCCAUAGCCCAGCUAAGGAGGGUGGUAAGGAGACAUCCAGCCCCUUCAGCAAGGCCAGGAAAGCAGCUAAAACUCCAGAGGCCUCCUCAUCUCGCUCCCAUUUCCACAGAACCGCUCAGCCGUUCAGACACCAGGAGGGUGCGGUAGCACCUCAGGACCUGAAGUCAGCCCAGAGCCCCGACUUUGUAUGCACUUUUAACGACCUGUUUGUGUGGGCAGUGCUCAAGCAUCGGCAAGAGAUGGCUCUGUUCCUGUGGCAGCAUGGAGAGCAGGCUAUGGCCAGGGCGGUUGUAGCCUGCAAGCUCUACCGCGCUAUGGCAAUGGAAGCCAAGGAGAGCAAUUUGGGUGACAGCAUGGCCGAGGAGCUGAAGAAGAAGUCUCUAGAGUUUGGACAGCUGGCUGUGGAUCUCUUGGAUCAGGCUUUCAGAGAGAAUGAGCGCAUGGCAAUGAAGCUGCUGACUUGGGAGAUGAAGGACUGGAGUAACUUCACCUGUCUGCAAAUGGCAGUCUCCUCAAGACUCAGGCCCUUUGUGGCUCACAACUGCACUCAGAUGCUCCUCACAGACUUGUGGAUGGGACGCCUCAACAUGAGUAAGAACUCCUGGUUCAAGAUUAUUGCCAGUAUUCUGAUGCCUGUGGCCAUUCAGAUGCUAGAGUUUAAGAGUCAGGCAGAGAUGUCCCAUGUUCCUCAGCCCCAGGAAGCCUUGCAGUUUGGGUGGGACCCAGGAAGCCCUGGGGCAUCAGAGCAAGAAGGGGCAGCAAAUGCAAUUCAGGGUGAUGAGGAGAAAGGGAGCAGAUGUCUUUGCCCCUGGACCAGAAAGGUGUAUGACUUCUAUACUGCUCCGGUGGUCAAAUUCUGGUUUCACACAAUGGCAUUCUUGGGUUUCCUCAUGAUGUUCUCUUAUACUGUGUUGGUGAGGCUGGAUGAGAAACCCAACAUUCAGGAGUGCUUGGUCAUAACUUACAUCCUGACCAUGGCAGCGGAGAAAGCUCGAGAGGUGUGGGUUUUGGAGCCAAGGAAGUUGACUAAGAAGUUGAAGGUGUGGUUCAGUGAGUACUGGAAUAUCAAUGACUUCAUGGGCAUCCUCCUCUUCCUGGUCGGGGUCUCCCUCCGGUGGCAUCAAGAAACACGCUUAGCCAGUCACAUUGUCUACUCUUUGGAUUUUAUCUUCUGGUCUGUCAGGCUUCUGGACCUGUUUGCUCUGAAUCAGCAUGCAGGACCCUACCUGACCAUGAUCACCAAAAUGAUGAGCAAUAUGUUCUAUAUCGUAGUCAUUAUGGCGAUUGUGCUGGUCAGUUUCGGAACGUCCAGAAAGUCUAUCCUGUCCCCUGAUGAGGAUCCAUCCUGGAGUCUGCUCAGAGAUGUAGUCUUCCAGCCCUACUGGAUGAUCUUUGGGGAGGUGUAUGCUGGAGAAAUUGAUGCAUGUAGUAAACCUGAAACCUGUGUCCCUGGAGCCUUCCUCACCCCCUUCCUGCAGGCUGUCUACCUUUUUAUUCAGUAUAUCAUCAUGGUCAAUGUACUCAUUGCCUUCUUCAACAAUGUUUACUUUGACAUGAGCUCCAUAUCCCGUAAGCUGUGGAAAUAUAACCGCUAUCGUUACAUCAUGACCUAUCAGGAGAAACCGUGGCUGCCACCCCCUCUCAUCCUUCUCAGUCACAUGACUCUGUGUCUCAGUUCAAUGUGGCAAAAGCACACCAAGGCAUCCAAACGUGGAAGAACUGGUCUGAAAUUACUCCUGGCCCCCAAUGAUCUGAAGAAGUUGCAUGAGUUUGAGGAGAAGUGUGUCGCUGGAUAUUUCAGAGACAAAAAUGAGAGUCAACAAGGCAGCCAAAUCAACCGGAUUCGCUCUGCAGCUGACAAGGCUGAAGAGAUGGCUGGAAUAUUAGCUGAGGUUGCUGAGAAGGUCAAUAUCAUCCAGGACAAUCUGCGCACUUUAGAUGGUCACUUGGGUCAGUUGCAAGACUUGUCUGCAUUAGCAGUAGACACUCUAAACCUCCUCUCAGCCACAGACAAUCACCAGCAAGAAGUGGCCCGUCUUGGUCAGAGCCAACCAAUUACAUGCCGCCAUGAGCAAGUGUCCCAUAGCUGCUGUCUCCGCGUUGGUGGAAGUGUCGCGCCCAGCCAAGCGCUUCCAUCUCCAAAGCAUUACCGGAGUAUGCCACCUUCCCUGCUCCGAGGUUUGGGGCCUGGCCGACAGCGUCCUUCCCUGGAGUUGCCACCAGGGAGUGUCGGACCCUUUGAGGUCAGGAGCAAAUGCAUGUUGGCAAACCCUGAGGAAGAAGAUUACAGUUUUAGGUGGCCCCUGCAGCGUGGCGAUUCAAAAGAAGGUGUAUCAGUGGAAUACCAUCUCUCUUUACCUCACCUAUGCACUGGAUGGAGGGACAAGGGAUCUGGGGAACCAUCACGUGCCAGUUCUCCCACCAUGCCUUUGAUGAGGGACUUCCAGCUUCAACCCAGCCAUGAGGAGUCUAUGGAGGAAGAGGACGAUGAGGAUGACUUGCACGCAAUAUCCAGAGCCUCCAGCCACACAUUCCUGCUUGCGGACUCCCAGAGUGAUGGAGACAGAACAGUUGGGAUCAGAAACCCGGCAUUCUACAGGCUUGAUGAUGGCGAACACUUCACAAGACGUCAAGGACUUUUAGGCAGGAAAUGGGCCUUUGAUCUGGAGCAGAGCCGCUCACUCUCAGCUAGUGUGGAGGCUAUGGCCAUGCCUACUACAGCAGCAUCAGAGCAUGGCAGACAAACACUUCUGAUGCCUCCACAACACAGCCAUGACCAGAGAGGAUUAUCUAAGAUCUUCAGGAGGCAAAAAUCAUUUGGUAAAAAGUCCAUAAAGACUAAAGCAGGAACUCCUGAAACUGUAAAACUAGAUGAAACGCGGGGAUGCAUGCAUGAGUUUGACCCACGCAGAAAAAGGAAGAGGAAAGUAAAAGGCCUGUUUGAACGAAGAUUCAGAACCUCAGUCAGUCUAACCCAGCUGAAUGUUGACCAAGUGGAUUUCACAAAACUGGCCCCAUCAUGGCUGAACACUGUGAGUCCCGGGCAGCCACUUCUAAGCAGCUGGGCCAGGUCUAUCAGUCAAAGGCCCUCGGUAAGCAGUAUGACACAAGAAGUAAGGAGCUCUACAUUUAAACUGACAGAUGAUUUAGGCCAGCAUUACUCAGCAAUGGAGAGGAACAACCUAAUGAGACUGGCUCACUCUAUACCAUUUACCCCUGUGUCGUUAUUGGGUGGCGUUGAGGUCUGUAUUUAUACACUGGAGGAGACAGAAGCAAUGUCUUCUAUUGGAGAUAGGUCCUCUAGCAUCUCCACCUGGCUUCAGCAUGGACGUACAGCUGUUCUUCAACCAUUAGCCCACCAGGAGGUGCUGGAUGGGGGUCUGCGCAGGGCCACCAAGGUGGUGUGUACCUGGGCUGAGGGUGAUGUGUUAAAGCUGGGCUCAGUGUAUGUGGUCAAAGCCUUCAGGCCAGAGGUGGUUCGCAUCUGGCAGAAAGUGUUCCCAAUUAGCACUUCACUUCAUCUCUGUCUGCGGGAAAUCCAACAACAGAGAGCAGCACAAAAACUCAUGCAGCGUUUCAACCAAGUUAAACCCAGCAGUGUUCCCUACAGUCCUAGGUUUCUGGAUGUCUCCUUGCUGCACUGGCGCUCUGACGGCCAGUGGUUGACUGUUGAGAAAAACAUGAGUGGUCAUUUCAGGAAAUACAACAAUAAUACCGGAGAGGAGAUCUCGCCCUCUUCUGGUCUAGAGGAAGCAAUUCUAGCAUUCUCUCACUGGACAUACGAGUACACCAACAAGGAAUUGCUAGUGCUGGAUCUACAAGGCGUGGGAGCGGACCUCACUGACCCCUCACUGAUCAGAGUAGAUGAUAAAAGCUCCUCUGGAGAGAUGGCAUUUGGACCUGCUAAUUUGGGUGAUGAUGCAAUCCAGAGCUUUGUUCUCAAGCACACCUGCAACUCCUGCUGUAAGAAGCUCGGUCUCUCAGAUAUGAAGAGUUUCGGCAGCCAGAGGAAGUUGGUUCCUGCCUUUGAUGAGAUGAGCAGCACAGUUUAACCUCUGUCCUGGAAGUAGACUUUAUCAAUAUCCACAGAGGGUACACAAAGACUGUCCAAGUCACAGCUCAGUUUCCAGGGGAACUCGUUGUCUUCACAUCACAUUCAUUCUCUAAUCUCUAUUUGCAGUUUUUACAAAAAAAAAAAAAAAAAAAAAAAAAAAAAAAAAAAAAAAUAUAUAUAUAUAUAUAUAUAUAUAUAUAUAUAUAUAUAUAUAUAUAUAAAGCUGCUCAAGGUGACAAAACAUUCAUUUGUGUUGUUUAUAGCUAAUGCUUGUUUAUGAUAAACAGUAAUGUGUGGUGCAGCAGUUGAAAAGGGACGUCUGGUUUCAAAGAACUGACAUUUUUCUAUUUCAGCUUUUUUUUUUAUUAGUUUAUGUCAGUACCUAUAUUAAUGUACAUUGUUUAAAAUAUAUUUUUAUGUUUAAAGAGAAACAAAUAAAAAUAUAAUAUGCAAUGCCCUGAAACCCACCACAAUCACGUGAACAAAUGACUGCUCUCUCAAAAUUGCUUUGUCUACUCAAAGCGCUCAAACCAUUGAUACAUUGAUGGUCAUGCAAAACCUAUUUCCAGGGCAUUUUAAAAUAGUUGUUUCCAGGAUAUCAUGGAAAUAAAUAAAACCUUUAAAAAUUUAAUAAUUUUAUAAGGAAUAGUUUUACUCCACUUUGCUCAGUUCUAAAAUAUUACCACACUUAGUUGUUUUCAAAAUAGCCUUUCUGUAUAGUUGAGGUCACAAGUUUACCUUGCAGAAUCUGCAAAAAUGUUAAUAAUUUAUAAAAAUAAGAGAUAUCAUAAAUUGCUUAUUGCUUUUUAUGUAGUACUGCCCUGAACAAGCUUCUUGUUUUUUACAUAAUAUAUAUAGUCAAAAUAAUAGUUGAAUUUACCCAAAUAAACCAUGUAUGUUUUGUGAUAGUUCAAGAGUCCCUUGUUUGUCCUGAGCAGUUAAACUGCUCACUGUUUUUCCAGAAAAACCUGCAGGAUUUGUUCUUCAUCUUACGAGCCCCUCUUUAAAAUCUAGGGGUAAGAAGAGGCAUGUAACAAAAAACAAAACAAAAAAAAAAAAACGUGGAGAAAAUGAGAGAACUGCCGUCUCCAGGUCCCAGGGCAGGUACAAUAAUGCUCAGUAACACAAGAUUCAAAGAUAACAAAAUUUAUUAAACAAAUGGUAGGAAUUAACAAAAAGACUUUAGGAGGGGAGAGGCCAAAAAUAAAAAACAAAAGGAUUCAUAAAGUUAAGGGAUAACUUGCCUACCAAAAGAAAACAAAAUAAAAAUACAAAACACAAUUUCCCUUUUCUGCAUAAACAGGAGAAAAUAUGAUUCUUAAAUAAAAUAAAGGCAUCCACCUCCCUACAUAACUAAAAAGAAAAGACUUAGAAUAUCAAGAGAAUUAAGACAACAAAAUAAGAUAACUGAUGUUCACAAAUAACUCUUAAAUUAACUGAAAAACUCAAUGCUGCUCAGCUUACACUCAAGUCUCAGGAUUGGAAAAAUUAGCUGAAACACAGACAGCUCAGGUAAACCAGUCAACAGAAGCCCACUUAAUUGUUGUAAAGUUUUAAGUAUACACCCAUUAGCUGAAACACAUCACAGCUCUUUACCUGAACACUACAGGCAAAAUAUACACAAAAGAAACCAACAGCACUGGGACCAGAAGAUGGUAGUAUCUCUCAGAGGAAAGCCUCAGUCUCUCUCUUGGACUGGAAGUCUUCAGCUUCAUUUAUACUCUACCUAACGAGCUGCAAUAGGAUUCAGGUGGCACUCAUGAGCCUGUCAAGCAAACAGGAGGAGCAAGAGCAGCAUAGAGAAAAAAGAAAAAAAAAAAAAACACAGGGAGAAAAACAAAAAGAUACACAAGUCGUAAUUCAUAAAAAAAAAAAAAAAUGAGUCCCUACGUCCCUAUGGACGUAACAUUCAGAAAAAAACCCUUCACUGACUCUUUCCAACAGAGACUGUAUGAUAUUGAGAUCCAAGGGACUCGUACACAACUAUUACGAAAGGUGCAAACAUUCAUUGAUGCUCAAGAAGCUUUUGAUCAUCCUGGUAAUUAAGAAUCAAGUUUUAAGAAACAAUAUGUAAAAUUUUGAACUGGGUCUUUUGUGUAAAUUCAGUUAUUAUUUGGUCAUGUGGUCUAUAUAAACAUAUUUUAUGUGAAAUGGCUUGUUUUAGAACAGCAGUACUAAAUAAAAACAACAUUUUUAUGA